AUGAGAGAAAAUGUUAGUGUGUUGAGCAAGGAACUGAAAAAGCUGCUAUGCUUCCUCUGGAGACAUGAUUGUGUUGGAACUAGCAUCAUUGUCAAGACAAGACAAGAGAUCUCUGAUCUUCUGGAGUGCAGUGUGUCUUCGACUCAGAUCAUUCAAGGUGGUCUGAUUGGCAAGCUUUUGGUUGAUGUCUUACUGGAAAAUCCAGCCAGCACAAGUCAAUAUCCCUUGGGGUGUGUCUAUGCUGCAGCUAGAUGCUUCCUCAUUUCCAAGGGCAAGCUUGUGUUGAGAUCAGCUGAUACAUCUGCUUCCCAAGUUGCCACCAUAAUGCACUUGUUCAGACUGGCUUUCUGUUCUGUUGUGGGGGCUAUGAGCCAUCCUCUUGGUUACAUGGAGGGAGCUAAGGUACUGGUGAAAACAGUUAUGGAGAGGCCCACCAUGAACACCUUUGGACCCAUGAUCAGGCAGCUCAGAGAGAUUCAGAUGCAGAAACCCAAGAUUGUUGACAGGCAUUUCUCCAGAAAUGGAGAGAUUGUGGUUCAAGGGCUCAUCUUUAAGCCAGAAGUUUGGAAGACUCUCAUUCCAAGGGUUGUUGGUGCUGCCAGACUUGUUCUAAGUCAGAUCUUUGAUGGAAAGGAUUGGGAAGUCUUUUUGACCACAACUCUGCCUUUGAUCAAUGUCAGAAUAUCAUGUGGAUCUGAUGAUAGUGUGCACUUUCAAGUUCAACAAGCUAGUGGAGAUGUGUUCAGUGAAUCUUUGAAGUUGUCCCCUCAGAUCAAUGAAAUUGACCAAGAUCAUCUGUCAUCAAUUGUUGAGUUCUGUUUACAUGGUCUGGGUCUUGGCAGUAUGAGGCAUUCAGAAACUUUAGGCCUCCAAGAUUUUCAAGUUCUCUGGGGGGAUGGUGCUUUGUACUUCUAUGCCAAAUCUACAAAGAAGUGGAAGGCCCAGUCAAAACUCAGUACUGAGCUUACCCAGCACAAGCUUCCAAAGGGGGGAUUUGGCAUGCUUUGUCCCAGUAAGAAGUGA